AUGUCAGAAAAGGUUCAAGGUGCUGUAGUAGCUGAGGCUCAAACAGCACGGGCUGUUGUCCAAGAUGUGAUCAUGUCUGGGGCAUACCUGUAUCCCUUCAAGGGUAUUGUAUUCUUUGGAACACACAAAGAGCUCUGGGGUCCCUUUAUCUCCCGCGCCGGAAGGACCAUCACCCUCGGACUAGGUGUUACAAGCGUGAUGUUUUUCUUCACAUACGUGCCCCAGAUGGCAAUCAUGGCUUUCACAAGUGGGCCGUUCGCCGCCAUUUCAGCCGCCAUACUCGUCCUUGGCGAAAGCUCCGCCAUUACAAACGUUCUAUCACGCUCUUUCCUCGUCGAAGACGCCCUCAUCGAUACCUUCGAUGGCACUCUCGUUGCCCGCGAUCAGGAACCUCUCGUUGCACAGGGUCGUCAAAUCAAGCCCCGUUCGGGAGGAAUGGAUGCGAUUGCGAGACUAGGGAAGAUAUUCACUCGGCCGCUUGCACGGUUGAGCCCACGGGCGCUACUGCGGUCUCUCCUUUACUUGCCGUUGAACCUUAUUCCUGUGGUCGGGACAAUGUUGUAUAUCUUCGUGCAGGGAAAGAGAGUUGGACCAGGCUUCCAUGCUAGGUACUUCCAAUUGAAGGGUUGGAACUCGCAACAACGCGAGGAGUGGGUGACAAGCAACCGGGGAGCAUACACAGGACUCGGAAUUGCAUCCUUUGUAUUGGAGAUGGUGCCAUUUGCCUCCAUAGUGUUCUCAUUCACGAAUACUGUUGGCGCGGCCUUGUGGGCAGCUGAUUUGGAGAAGGCAACCAAGUAG